GCGGCUCGGGGAGCGGCCAUGGCGCAGCAGCCGGGCCGGAGGCAGGAGCGGGCAGGUGAUGUGGGUGCCCCGGACCCGGAGGAAGAAGAGGAGGAGGAUGUGGGGACCGCGGGCGCCAUGGACGAGGACGAGAAAGAGCUGGACCUGACGGACCAGGAGAUGGAAGACCUGAGGGCCCAGCUGCUGCAGCUGCUGGAGGAGCUGGAGGAGACGCGGGAGCUGGCAGUGAAGCACGAGGACGACUCGCUGGAGCUACAGGGCUUGUUGGAGGACGAGCGACUGGCCAGCGCCCGGCAAGCCGAGAUCUUCACCAAACAGAUCCAGAGGCUUCAAGCUCAGAUGCGCACACUGAAGGAUGAGUUCAGCUCCCUGCAGGAGACGAAGGCGUUGGAGCUGGAGCAGGUGGAGCGGGAGCUGCAGGAGGCCAACGAAGAGAUCCACAGCCUGCAGCUGGAGGCGGAGGAGGUGGCGGCCAUCCACGAGAACGAGAUCGCUGCCCUGCAGGAGCAGCUGUGCCGGCUGCGAGCCGAGCUGCAGCGUGUCCAGCAGGUCCGCGAGGAGUACGAGACGGAGAUCACCACCCUGCGCGCCGAGAUCACGAUGAAGGGCAGUGGCCAGGUCCGGGCCGAGGGCCGUGCUGACGAGGUGGCUGCGCUCCAAGAGGAGCUGCUGGCCCUGCGGGAGCAGUACCAGGACCUGAUGGAGGAGCACCAGACCCUGCAAGAGAGCAACAAGAUCAUGGUGCACCAGCUGGAGAACCUGGAAGCCCAGAAGUACAGAUCCAGGAGCAGGUCGGAAGAGUCUCGCAAGUCGACGGAGUCGGACGUGACCCAUCCCCAGGUGCGCCGGACCCUCUCUCCCCGGCGCGCCAGCCCCCGCCUGAGCGGCAGCGUCUCCUUCAAGUCGGUGGACGACAUGAGAACCAUCAGCACCCCCAGCUGCAAGAAGGAGCCCCUGAGCCAGGCCGAGGAGUCCGACUCCGAGCUGAGCCUGUGCUUCCAGCUGCAGAGCGAGGAGGAGAAGGUGCAUCUGGCCCAGAGCAAGUGUGACAACAUGCAGACCGAGCUGCGGGAGCUGCAGCGGCAGUACCAGGCCAUCCAGCAGGAGCGCCAGCAGCUGCAGGAGGAGCUGAGGCUGUGCCGGGCGGAAAUCCAGAGACUCAAAGGCACCGUGCCCGCUGACGGGCGGAGCCGCCCCGCCCCCGACGCCCCCGUGAUCUCCCUCCCCCUCAUAGGACUGGUUGUUAUAGUGGCUCUGCUCUGGUGCUGGUGGGCCGAGACCUCUUCCUAAUGCCGCUCAGGUCCCGGCCGGGGGGCUGAAGCCCGUCAUCCUCUUUGCAGUAGCUGCAGCCGUCUUGCUGCUGUACCCCUGCCUGAAGCGGUCCUGCACCAGCACCGUGCCAGCCUGAGGAGUGCCACGCCCGGGCCGUGCCAGGCACACAGCCCCCCGCCCCCAUGGCCUGCUGCCCCCCCAGCACACGGCAGUCACCCCCCUGCCCCGGUCAGUCACACCAUGGCAGCAGCUGCCCCCACGGGACUGGCUGUCUCCGUCCUUGGGGGCUCAGGGUCAGGGGCGCUGCAUCCGUGGGGCAGGGAAGGGCGACUCGAGGAUGCUGCUCUGGGAGUGCGUGGGUGUGGGGGGUGGCUGGGAGAGGGAGCGGGUGGGCUGCAGGCUCCGUGGGAGAGUGAGGGGCUCCCUGGAAAGCCCUGGGGCCCCCGGCUCUGGGCUGGCUCCAGUCCCAUUGGAUCAUAGCACCAGCUAGUGGGGGGGUACGAGGGGUCCCUGCCAGCGACUCCCCAAACGGAACCUGUUCCGGUAGAGUCCCGCCCUGCCCCACACUGCCCCCCCCAUCCCAGCCCCCGCCCUGAUCCCUCUAUCCCAACCUCCUGCACUGCCCCCUCAUCCCAGCCCCCGCCCUGCCCCACACUGCCCCCCCAUCCCA